AUGCCUCCGAAAAAGAUUAUUCGAGCUAAUCCACCCGCCGUCGACCUCUCAGCCAUUCCGCCUUCCCUCCCACCCUCCGUCGAGGAGGCGUACCGAAGAAAAUGCAUCCAGCUUAAGCAGCGCACGAACGAGGUCGAGGAGGAGAACGACGCGACCCGCGUGCGCCUCGCCCGUAUCAAACGCCAGGUCGAAAAGAUGCGUCUGGAGCGCGCCUUCCUGCUCGAGCAGCUCGCCAAGAGAACCAGCACAAACGUGGAGGAUUCAGACGGCAGCCCGAGCCCACCUCCGACAGUAGGCCCUCCGCCAAGCCCACCUCGACGACAAAGCAGACUGCUGACACCAUCUCAGCCGCAAGAGAAGCCUCUGCGUACGAAACGCGGACAUCGUAAGCCCUCGGUCCUGGCCGAGAUUGACGCCGCCGCCAAGAACGACUCGCCGAAUCCCCAGAGCCAGAACGCCGCCACCGUCUCCCCGAGCUCCGAGACCUUCUCCCACGCCCACGCUGCCGAGUCCCAGGCCUCCGCUCGUACGAACGGCGUCGCGAAGCCGCCCAAGCGCCCGGGCAACGCGUUCGAGCUGUUCUGUAGCGACAGUCGCCCCGCCUUUGAGGAGAAGAAGAAGGACGACGCUGACCUCAACAUCGACGAGGAGCUCGCGCGCGCCUGGAAGGACCUGCCCGAGGCUGAAAAGGAAGAGUUCCAGGCCCGUUCCGACCAGGAGAUGGCCAAGUACCAGAAGGAGAAGGACGCCUUUGCCGCAAAGAGCAAGAGCGCCGAGCCCAAAGAGGAGCGCGAAAAGACUCCAGAUCAGGUCCCUGCAGCUUCACAAGAUGAGGACGUGGAAAUGACCAAUUACGACACGGAGGAGCAGCCAGAGGAGACGCCAGCCGCGGACGACAAGGACGACAAGGCGGACGAAUAG